CCAGUGCUACCCCAUUCCACACCGUUAAAAACACGUUACACCCAAUACUUUUAUUGCUUGUGCACAAAAUCAACCACACUCACUCUCACUAGUCACUACUACUUCACUACCAUAGUGAGUAUAUUCUAUUCAUAGUGUGAUAAAAAUGGAUACGCUGUUUAGGCUAGAUCCACCGUCCCUAAACUCCACAACAACAUCAUCAACCAACUCUCAUCAAAAUUAUUAUUAUUAUUAUGACCAACACCAACUAGAGGAAGAAGCUGAAGAAGAAUGCUUCAACUUUUUCAUGGAUGAAGAAGACCUAUCCUCUUCUUCUUCAAAGCAACCAGAACAAUAUUACCCUUAUUAUAACCAAUUACAACCCCACUACCAUUUAUUAUCAUCCACUACCACUACUCAUCAUGAUUUAUCGUCAACAUCAUUCUUACCACCCACUCCACCACCAUCAGAUUUCAACUUUGAAUUCUCAUCAGGCACGUGGGCACCCAACAUCCUCCUCGACACCGCACGUGCCAUCGCUGACAACAACACCACGCGACUGCAUCAACUCCUAUGGAUGCUCAACGAGCUAAGCUCUCCAUACGGCGACACAAACCAAAAACUCGCCGCGUAUUUUCUUCAAGCCUUGUUCAGCCGCAUAACCACCGUCGGCGAACGAACCUACCGAACCUUAACGUUAGCUUCGGACAAGACUUGCUGUUUCGAGUCCACCAGGAAGACGGUUCUCAAGUUCCAGGAGGUUAGUCCCUGGACCACGUUUGGACACGUGGCGUCCAAUGGCGCCAUCUUAGAGGCUCUCGAUGGGGAGCUCAACUUGCACAUUGUGGAUUUCAGCAACACGUACUGCACACAGUGGCCAACGCUUCUUGAAGCCUUGGCCACUCGUAGCGACGACACCCCGAACCUCCGGUUAACCACCGUCGUCACCACCAGACCUGGUGACUCUGGCGACGCUGUUCAGAGGGUCAUGAAGGAAAUAGGUACAAGGAUGGAGAAAUUUGCGAGGCUAAUGGGAGUUCCGUUCAAAUUCAACGUCGUUUGCCACGUCGGCGAUCUCUCCAAUCUCAACUUCGGCGAUUUGGACAUCAAGAACGAGGAGGCCUUAGCCAUCAACUGCGUGAACACGCUGCACGCGAUCACACCCGUCGGGAACCACCGUGACACGUUGAUAUCCUCGCUGGCGAGGCUAAACCCUCGGAUCGUGACGGUGGUGGAAGAAGAAGCGGAUCUGGACGUUGGCGCCGAAGGCCAGGAGUUCCUUACAGGGUUCGAGGAAUGCGUGAAGUGGUUUAGGGUUUACAUGGAGGCGCUGGAUGAGAGCUUUACGAGGACGAGUGGGGAGAGGCUGAUGCUGGAGAGGGCGGCGGGGAGGGCGAUUGUGGACCUGGUGGCGUGUACGGCGGAGGAGUCGGUGGAGCGGAGGGAGACGGCGGUGAAAUGGUCACAGAAAAUGAGGGAAGGUGGGGGGUUGAAUAGGAUGCCGUUUAGCGAGGAGGUGUGUGAUGACGUCAGAGCAUUGUUGAGAAGGUAUAGGGAAGGGUGGUCGAUGGCACAGUGUUCCGAUAACGGAGUAUUUCUUUGUUGGAAGGACCAGCCGGUGGUGUGGGCCAGUGCAUGGAAGCCGUAGAAGCAAGGAGAGAACGAACGUGAGAGAGAGAAAGAGAGAAA